AGAAAAACGAAAUUUGUUUCUUCUGUGGCCCGAUGUGUUUUGCCAGUAAAAGCGAUAUUAUUUAUCGCAGGCUUAUCUUGUCAUCGUUCUUUUCGAAAGGAUGGGGUGAUGUAAAAGUAUAUGAACGACUGUUAGAAGCACGGAAAGUCGUGUCUGAUAGGACAAAAGUUAACGCGCUAAUUCCUUCAGACUAUCCUGUUGAACUAACCAAAUCAUGGACGAAAGACGCAUGUUACAUUGCAGAAGGACAUUUUGUUUCUCCAUUAGCUGAAUUCUUUCCAGGAUUGUUGCCCAAAGAAAGUAAAAAUGCUCACUUUCAGAUCAUCGUCCCGAAAAAGUGGCCCAAAAAAGGACGAAAACCGUUAUGCCUUCAUCUAGCUGGAACAGGCGACCAUUAUUUCUGGCGAAGGAGAAAUCUAAUGGCUAAACCUCUUGUCAAGGAGCACGGCAUUGCGUCGAUCUUAUUAGAAAACCCUUUUUACGGUUUAAGAAAACCGAAUAACCAAGUUCGAUCAAGUCUAAGACAUGUAGCGGAUUUGUUUGUUAUGGGUGCUGCACUAAUUCUAGAAUCACAUGUUCUACUUCAUUGGGGCCACCGCCAGGGUUACGCCCCCCUGGGAGUUACUGGGAUAUCCAUGGGGGGACAUAUGGCUUCCCUUGCAUGCACUGCUUGGCCUGAACCACUGGCUAUAGUACCCUGUCUGUCCUGGAGUACAGCAUCUUCAGUCUUUACACAGGUAGAUAAAAGUUCAGAGCUGUCAUUAAGGCCCGUUACUCUGAGCUCACGUGAUGUUUUUUUUUUACACAACAACACUCACUCACGUGAUGUUACAGGUGAUCAAAGUGGAAAGCUGAAGGUGGCAUUAUAAAUUUUUUUGAGAUUUUACAGAUGAAUCUUCAUUUGCUACGGCUGCUUCAAAACUUAAUGACAGCCCUGAAAGUUCAUUGUUUAGUAUGUGGCCAAAGCAAUGGUGAUCUUUUCACAUGUGAAGAUAGCAUGUUAUUUUCAUGUGUGAAGGUAUGCUCAGUUGUGUAAAUGCAAUUAUUACACCCUUGGGAGUAGCCUGAGAAAACAGCCGACAUGUGGAGAUGCUACCACUGGUUUCCCCACCAAAUGACGUCUGAGAAACAAGCACACAAAUUCCAUAAUGAUGACGCAUCACUACCUAGAUCUGGGUAGUGCCUCUGAUUGGUUGAAUGAAAUUUCCCAGGCAGCACGACCAAUCAGAAGCACUACCCAGAUCUGGGUAGUGGCGCGUCAUCAGUAUGGAAUUUCUGCACUCAUUUCUCAGACAUCAUUUGUCAGGGAAACCUGCCUGGUAGGGUUGCCAAAUGUUGGCUGUUUUCUCAGGCUACCAUGGAAGCCAUGGCAAAGGAACUAGUGGUUACAGGUGCAAAAUUUUUAGUGGAAGUCAUUUUGUUGACUCUCUGCUGUGCCCAUUUAAGCUAAAUUUAUGACUUUAGGUUCUUGAUUUUAUUUUUUCAUUGUGCAUACUUGAGGGUGAUCAGAAUUUUUUCUCUUCCAGGGAGUGAUGAGCAAAGCUUGUGCAUGGAGCACACUGGAAAGACAACUCUUAGAUGAAGACUACAGAAAAAAUCUUCUGAAUAAUGUGGCAAUCAAUGGCGAUGCAUUUACUCAGUUUGAUAAAGACUUGCUAAGGGAUGGUUUAAUUGAGACUGAUUAUCACUGGAACACUUCACCUCAAUCUUACUUGGAAAAUGAUAGAAAGAACAUGGAUGAAAAUGGCGUCCAGACACUCUACCUUCAACAUGAACACAUUUACAAUAAUGUAAAGAGUAAUUUCCUUGAUUAUCUACCCUCAUUUCUUAGGAAAACUAAGGGUACAGGAACAUCAUCAACAAGAUCAGAAACAGUAGAUUUCAUGAAUUUUGUCAUGGACGAAGCCACCCAUCUGAAGAACUUUCCACAACCAGUUGAUUCCAGCCUGGUGCGAUUUGUUGUAGCAAAGCAUGAUGCUUACAUUCCACAGGAUAAUAUUGCAAGUCCAUGUGAUAUUUGGCCUGGAUGUUCAGUAGAGUAUAUAAACUGUGGGCAUGUUGCAGCUUGGUUGAACCAUCAGGGUGUGUUUAGAAGAGUGAUAAAAAAUGUCUUUGAUCAACUUUAA